UAUUUACGAUUUGUAUGAGUGCAAAAAGAAAGAGAGUUCACAAUAAAUAUUAAAAAAAUGCAAUCUGAUAUUUGAAAUUAUUUUAUACUUGUUAGGUUGGAUUGCUCCCAUGUAAAUACAUGUGUGUGCAUAUAUUCGAUCGAGCUUGACAUGGUUUGCGAAUGGAAUUGUUCGUUACAGAUUAGAACUUGAUUUCAAGCUUUAUAUUUGUAAGUUUCCACUCUGAUUUUUAUAUAAAUUCCAACACAGUCAUAAUCAGCAAGCGCGCAACAAACAAUGUCGACGAUGGAAGGUUCACUUAGUAAAUGGACAAAUGUUGUUAAUGGCUGGCAGUAUCGAUGGUUUGUUUUAGAUGACAAUGCUGGCUUAUUAUCAUAUUAUACUAGUAAAGAAAAAAUGAUGCGUGGUGCUCGUAGAGGAUGCGUACGAUUAAGAGGUGCAAUUAUAGGUAUUGAUGAUGAAGAUGAUAGUACAUUUACAAUAACUACAUCAUCAUACAAAGAUGAUCCAAAAACUUUUCAUUUUCAAACGCGUAAUGGCGAGGAACGUGAACGUUGGGUCCGUGCUCUAGAAGAUACGAUAUUGCGUCACUCACAUGCGCGAUGGGAUCCAAAAAAAUCACCACCCAAACAAGAUUUCAAUCGUAAAGUGGCAGAAGCAGAUGCUUAUCUCCAGCUGUUAAUUGAUCAAAUAAAAUUAAUUGAGACAAAACAGCAAAAUAUAGAAACAGAAAAUGAAGAAAAGCAAGAAAGUUAUGCAGCAGUUUUAACACAAGCAAAUGCUAUGCUGAAUUCUGUUAAGCAUACAAUUGUUCAACUACAAAUUGCAAAGAACACAGCUAUUCCUGUUAAUGGUAUAUAUAGAGGACCUUCUACUGAUACAAUGAAUACUACACCACCUAUAAAUCACGUUGCAGUUACAGAACCAGAAUCAACAGUGCAAACUGGUAUUGAAUUGGGUUCAGAAUGUACAGAAUCAAGAAUACCUACUUUAUCCAAUGUUGUAGAUAAUAGAGAUCUUCCAGUACCUCAGUUUUCAUACUCCUCAUCGGAUGAAGAUGAAGAUUAUUAUGAUGCUGCUGAUGAAUUAUCACCUCCCUUAACAGCACAAAAUCAUAUCACACAUAGACGACGUGAAAGUGAUCGUUUACAAUCAAUUGGAGAAAUUGCUGGAGAUAUGCGUAAACAAUCUCCAUUACCACCUAUAAAGGGAGAUGGUUCUGUAGACUAUGAUGCCUUGUACGAGGAAGAGAGCGACACAGAAAUGGAUUCCAUGGAAAGCCAUGGAUCAGUUGUGACACAUCUUCUGUCACAAGUAAAGAUCGGUAUGGAUUUAACCAAAGUUGCAUUGCCUACCUUUAUCUUGGAACGUAGAUCGCUUCUUGAAAUGUACGCAGAUUAUUUUACUCACCCUGAUCAAUUUGUAAGCAUUGCAGAUAUGCCUACAGCUAGAGAAAGAAUGGUACAAGUAGUACGCUGGUAUUUAUGCAGUUUUCAUGCUGGUCGUAGAUCUGGUGUAGCUAAGAAACCAUAUAAUCCUAUAUUGGGUGAAAUUUUCCGAUGUCAUUGGAAUCUUGUUAAAGAAAAUUGUACAGAUGAUGUAAAUAGUGAUAUAAAGAAUGUAAUAGAAGGACCGGUUCCAUGGUGUAAAGAAAAUCAAUUAUCCUUUAUUGCUGAACAAGUUUCUCAUCAUCCUCCAGUGAGUGCUUUCUAUGCAGAACAUUAUGCAAAAAAAAUAAGUUUUUCUGCACAUGUUUGGACAAAAAGCAAAUUUUUGGGUCUCAGUAUAGGAGUGCAUAAUAUUGGAAAGGGUUGGGUAAAUGUACUAGAACAUGGUGAAGAAUAUGUUUUAACUUUUCCAAAUGGUUAUGGUAGAUCAAUUCUUACUGUUCCCUGGAUAGAGUUAGGAGGAACAGCCACUAUAAGUUGUGCACAAACUGGAUAUCAAGCAACAGUAGAAUUUUUAACAAAACCUUUUUAUGGUGGAAAACGUAAUAGAAUUACUUGUCAUGUUACUCAACCAGCGGAUAAAAAACCAUUUCUUGUUAUAAAUGGAGAAUGGAAUGGUGCUAUGGAAGCAAAAUGGGUUGAUGGACGAGUCGAAACAUUUGAUGUAAGAGAACUUCCAAUAGAAAAAAAGCUAGUUAAACCAAUAUGCGAACAAGAAGAAUGUGAAUCACGAAAAGUGUGGCGAGAAGUAACAAUGGGUUUACGUAUUAAUGAUAUGGAUAAGGCCACAGCUGCAAAAUACGCAAUUGAACAAAAACAACGAGAUGAAGCCCGUCAACGCAAAGAGAGUAAUGAAACAUGGCAGACAAAACUUUUUAAAGAGAUCAAAGACAAUGGAUGGGCUUAUACUGCACCACUAUCUGAAAGAUUGCAUGUUUUUCACAAUGAAACAAGUGCAACGUAGAUGUACAUGAUGCUUAAUAACAAAAUGAAAAUGUAAGUAUUGCAGUAUAGAUAGUAUGAUAUUUGUGGCCUAACUCUUUAAAACAAACUACAGUUAAUAAGA